AACGUUAAAGACAAACAGAGAGAAUGCCAGGGUCAGUUAAGUGAAUACUAGCAAGCGUUGCGCUAGUGCCUCAAAGUAACGCCGCGGCAACGGAGACGACCACGAAGAAAUUAAAGUGAACCUCUUCGUUCCAUAUUGGUAGUGUCGUGCAAUUACAAAAGAAAUCUGAUCGGUGACAAAGUUAGCUCCGAAGAGCAUAAAAAGGUCCAGCAGGCACUUAUUUUGUCGUAAAGAUCGCUUCCAACCAUAAAAUUAUUAAAAUGAAACAUCACACUCUUACGUCUGUGGCAAUUUUGUUGCUUGCCCUCACAUAUACAGUAUCAGCCAAAGAUAAAUACAGUGACAAAGAGAAAUACAGUGAUAAAAACAAAAUUGUUAUUAAGGAGAAGGAUAUGUUACGCAAAUCGAUUGUUUUCGAUAAGAAGACACCGGAUGUAUUCUAUUGUCCCAUGCAGAAGCCAUCCGGCUUGAACAAACUCAUUGUUCGUUCGCGACCGCUCUAUAAACUAUGCGAAUUUGAAGGUCUACCACUUCCGGAAGACUAUAAAUCGGAUUGCUAUGAUGAUAUCGAUGAAUCAGAUUACGCAUGUAAAGAAAAGUACAGGAUUAUGCAAAGAAUUAAAUUAAACGAACAACAACAAUCGCUUACUACAUCUAAUCACGGAGAGGAAGCUUAAGAUGAGACUACACCCACCUGGCAGUGAUUCACCUUACAAUGGAGCGCGACUAUUGAAAUUCCUCGAUCUGGACAACGAAAUUCGACAUAAAAUGCUAAUAAUAGAAGAUUAACCAUUUUAGCAAAUUAACUAUUACUUUAGUGAGCAGAGAUAAUAUUAAUAUGAACGAAUUAAUAAACUAUAAUCAAGGAAAUGCACAUUUAUUUUCCUAUAACCAGUUGGUCGUUAUAUCGUGAAAAAAUUGUGGAACCAGAAGCACGAUAAUUAUGGGAUUAUAUGAUAAACAUUCUUAACUGUUAAUUUAUAUUCCAAGACUUAAACUAGAAAUGAUAAAUAUUGUUUUGCUAAAAUAAAAUUAAAUCGCGGAUUCAUUAAACUUUAAUCCGGCCGAACUUUUUUUGGGCAACAAAUGUAAGAUGUUUCGAAAUAUAUAAUGUGGUUUUGUAAUGAUAUUUUAGAAAUAUGGAAUUAACUGAAUUUGGCCAUUUUCGGCAUCAAGAGUGAUAUUUCACUUUCUUAAUGGUUUAUUAAAGCUUCGCUCGAGGGAGAGAAAGCCUUUCAUGUUUGGACUGUUUGAGUAGGAGGUACACCUUUUCCAAAUGUGAAUCUUUUACGACAAAGAGUAAUUUAAGCUAAUGUCUUUGAAUAACUUAUACCUAUUAAGCAUUAGUUCCUAAAUGGAAUGUAAAUUAAGAUGUUGCUUCAUUUUUCCUGAGGCAACAAGCUUUUAUUAAUGUAAAUAACGAAAAAAUAAAAUAAACUUGAAAACUAAAA